CCCGCCCCCCCAGCAGGGCCUGUCAGGCUGGAGGAAGUUUUACCUCAGUCGCAGACAGGACGAGGCUCAGAGCUAGCAGAGACCGGAGCGACAAGAUGAAUGCCGGCUCAGACCCCGUGGUCAUCGUCUCAGCGGCGCGCACCGCUAUAGGCUCCUUCAAUGGUGCCCUGUCCACCGUGCCUGUCCACGAAAUGGGGACAACUGUCAUCAAAGAAGUCCUACAAAGGGCCAAGGUGGCUCCAGAAGAGGUGUCCGAGGUCAUAUUUGGACAUGUCUUGACNGCAGGUUGUGGGCAGAAUCCUACUCGACAAGCCAGUGUGGGUGCAGGGAUCCCCUAUUCGGUUCCAGCAUGGAGCUGCCAGAUGAUCUGUGGCUCGGGCCUAAAAGCCGUGUGUCUUGCAGCCCAGUCCAUAGCCAUGGGCGACUCCACCAUUGUGGUAGCUGGAGGCAUGGAGAAUAUGAGCAAGGCUCCUCACUUGACUCAUCUGAGAACAGGAGUCAGGAUGGGUGAGGUGCCACUGACUGACAGCAUACUCUGUGAUGGUCUUACAGAUGCCUUUCACAACUACCACAUGGGCAUCACAGCUGAAAACGUAGCCAAAAAAUGGCAAGUGAGCAGAGAGGCCCAGGACAGGGUUGCAGUUCUGUCGCAGAACAGGGCGGAGCAUGCGCAGAAAGCUGGCCACUUUGACAAGGAGAUUGUGCCAGUGCUGGUGUCUUCCAGAAAAGGUCUUACUGAAAUGAAAAUCGAUGAAUUUCCUCGUCAUGGGAGUAACCUUGAAGCCAUGGGCAAGCUGAAACCUUACUUUCUUACUGAUGGGACAGGAACUGUCACUCCAGCGAACGCAUCAGGAAUGAACGAUGGUGCUGCUGCUGUGGUUCUUAUGAAGAAGACAGAAGCUGAGAGUCGGAUGCUGAAACCUUUAGCAAGAAUAGUGUCCUGGUCACAAGCCGGUGUGGAGCCUUCGGUUAUGGGAGUAGGACCAAUUCCAGCCAUAAAGCAAGCUGUUGCAAAGGCAGGCUGGUCCCUGGAGGAUGUUGACCUGUUUGAAAUCAAUGAAGCCUUUGCAGCGGUGUCUGCGGCAAUAGCUAAAGAACUUGGAUUAAACCCCGAGAAGGUCAACAUCGAUGGAGGAGCCAUUGCCUUGGGCCACCCUCUGGGAGCAUCUGGCUGCAGGAUUCUAGUGACCUUGCUGCACACCCUGGAGAGAGUGGGUGGGACCCGUGGUGUUGCAGCCCUGUGCAUUGGGGGUGGGAUGGGAGUCGCAAUGUGUGUCCAGAGAGGGUGANCUGCAUGCCAGCCACCACCUUGGACGGUUCUUGUUAAAUCAGUGCAACACUAAGCAGAAAGGGAAACCAGAGGACCAAACUGAGGACAGGAACCCAGGUGGACAGCUUGCUGUACUUUAAUGUGAGACACCCAAGGCUGAGACAUUGCACCUGACACUGUUAUAAAUAAGAGGGAAAUCCAAUCAGUCAUCAAGGGCUCCAGAGUGAACAGCAUUUUCAUAACUUCCGUGUUUAUCGUCUUUGCUUUCUGGGUGUAAUUUUCUCUGAUCAUUGAUUUUAGAUUUUAUUUUUUCUUUGUUUGUUUGUUUUUGAGUUAGGGUCUCACCAUAUAGCCUCAAAAUCAUUUUGUAGAUCAGGUUGGCUUUGAACUCCCGGAGAUCCACCUUUCUGUGCCUCCUGAAUACUUGAAUUAAAGGCAUGCACCGUCAUGCAGGGCCCCCAAAAUGAUCCAUUCAAAAAAUGGGGAUUCGGCUUCUGUUGCGAACUUCAGGCUCUUCACUUUAACUAUGGUUGGUUCAAUCGCCCCUGCGUGCUUGUCUCGCAGUUUCCCAUUGAUCAAAUCAAGACCAAUCCUGUAAUGAAAGUUGGAUUCAGUGACCUCUUCCAGACUGAGGUGGGGUAGGUAUUCCAUCUGUUCUAGUCAGAAGACUGGCAGUGCCAACAAGUGUGCCUCUGGGUUGUUGAAAAGUGGGUAGCAAGCAGCGUCCAUGUAUUUAUUUCUCUGCUUGACGGGAUGGGAUGUUACCUGCUUCAAAUAUCUACCUUGACUUCCCCAAAAUGAUGACUGGAACUGGAACUGAAAGUCAAAUAAACUCUUUCCUCCCUUA